AAUAAAACAAGAGUUAAUAAAGCAAUUGAGCAAGACUAAUACACAAAUUUAUGGAUUUUAAUACAAGAGCAAAGGAAGAACCACUAUUUAAACUCACGUGGCAAAUCAAUAGAUCAGUUCUAACCAAGAAGUGAUACAUUCUCGUUCUAACACAUGGAGACUUCCAUUUCCGUAAGUGUUGCAGCAGUAUUGGUUUUCUGUCUUUUGUGUCAAAUCCAAGGGAAAGUUGCCUUUGGUGGUGUUGAUAAUAUUAAUGCAACGAAAAAUGUUGUAAGGAUUGGAAGCUGUGACCUUUUUCAGGGGAAAUGGGUUUAUGAUAGGUCUUAUCCUCUCUACACUUCCACUGACUGUCCAUUCAUAGAGAAGGAGUUUAAUUGCCAAAACCAUGGACGACCGGAUAAGGAGUAUCAGAAAUACAGAUGGCAGCCAACUUCGUGCCAGAUACCGAGGAUCACUGGAAGAAGUUUUCUUCAAAGAUUGAGAGGGAAGCGCAUCCUGUUUGUAGGAGACUCACUGAGCUUGAAUCAAUGGCAGUCUCUCACAUGCAUGAUUCACAAAUCAGCACCAGAAGCUAAGUACGAUCUAGUCAAGAUUGGAGGCCUAUCUGUACUCAAAUUUCCAGCAUACGACAUCUCGAUCAUGCUCUCGCGCAAUGCCUUUCUAGUAGAUAUCGUCCUUGAGGGAAGCCGGCGUGUUCUAGUGCUCGAUUCGAUUCAAAGUGGAAAUUUUUGGAGAACCUUUGACGUCUUGGUCUUUGAUACAUGGCACUGGUGGCUUCAUACUGGAAGGAAACAACCGUGGGAUUUUGUCCGAUACGAGGGACGGACACACAAAGACAUGGAUCGCAUGGUGGCUUACGAGACAGCUCUGAGGACAUGGGCAAGAUGGGUAGAUUCCAGUGUUGAUUCUACUAAAACUCAGGUCUUCUUCCAGGGUGUUUCUCCAGAUCACAUGAAUCCAAGAGAAUGGGGUGAUGCAAAGUCGGAGAACUGCCGAGGACAAACAGAACCAGUGUUCGGGUCACAUUAUCCAGGAGGUUCACAUCCAGCAGAAAUUGUCCUAAAAAAGGUUUUGCGCAUAGUGUUUAAGCCAGUUCAUUUGCUCGACAUAACAACACUUUCACAACUAAGAAAAGACGGUCACCCUUCAGUCUAUGGAUACGGCGGCCGCCGCGGCACAGACUGCACUCACUGGUGUCUUCCUGGUGUUCCAGAUUCUUGGAAUCAAAUUCUAAUUGCAGCACUCUUCCAAAGCUGAAUUGAUAAUUUUUUUACUUUUGAUUGAUGAAUAAUAAAUCAUUAGGCUAGCAACCAGGAGCUCCGUGUUGUGAAUCGAGAUCUUCUCGGGAUCUUUGUGUCUAGAGUCCAAGGACUAGGAGAUCCGGACCGUUGAAGAGAGAGAUCCGACCCAUUGAUUUGUGUCUAGUGGCUAGUAAAACGGGUUCAUAAAGGCUGCAUGAUUUAAAAUAAGUGGUUCAAAUCUUGUAGUCCUUAGGCUCCAGACCCAAAGAUCUUUCUUUGGAGUAUUGCUUCAUUUUUCAGUAGGAAAGUGUUAAUUAACGUUUCA